UGGGUGGGGACUGGGGAGCGGGGAGCAGCAGCGUGCGUGGGACCGCACCCCAGCGUGGAGAGCUCACCAGCACAGGUGACCACGCAGAGCUCAUCAGCACAGGUAACAAUGCAGUCUCCUGAGAAUCAAAAAAGAGCUCCAGCAUGGACCACACGGGAGGUACUGGAUCUGAUCGCUGUAUGGGGAGAGGAUUCCAUGCUAACAGAACUCCGUUCCAAAAGACGAAAUGAAAAAACAUUUGAAAAAAUUACCAAGGACAUGGUGCAGAAAGGCCACACCAGGGACUCAGUACAGUGCUGUGUGAAAGUUAAGGAGCUCAGACAAGCCUACCAGAAAACCAAAGAUGCAAAUGGAAAGUCCGGGGCAGGGCCAAAAACAUGCCGCUUCUAUGCUGAGCUGCAUGCAAUUCUUGGGGGGUCCGCCACCAGUACCCCACUCCUGUCUGUGGAUUCCGAGGUGGGGGUGGUAAUCGCAGCCAUGGCUGAGAAUUCUGCGGAUGGGGAAGAUGAGGAGGACGAGCUUGUAGAGAGCACACAGCACUCCGUUCUCCCCAACAGCCAGGAGCUUUUUCUCACCCUGACGGAAUUACCCUCCCAGCCCUCCCAAGCAAUUAUCCCAGACAAUGAAGCCAUGGAAGGGACCUCUGCUGGAAAUUUUUCAAGCCUCCCUACUCCAUCCCGAAGGUUAUCUCAGAUAAGUCAGCGGAAAAAAAAGACGCGAGACGAAAUGUUCUCGGAAAUCAUGGAAGUGACCUGCAAUGAAAGAGCUCAUCUGAAUGAGUGGAAGGACAUGGUAGCAAAGUACAGGAAAGAUGCCAGUGAACGUGAGGACAGAAGGGACGCUCGAGAUGAGAGGUGGAGGCAGGAAGAUCAGCGGUGGUGGGAUACAACUCUGGGGCUGCUGCGUGAUCAAACUGACAUGCUCCGGCAUAUGAUGGAGCUUCAGGAAUGGCAGCAGGAUCAGACAGGGGCUGCAGCGGCACUCUAUAACCACCCUCCCCCCUCAUCAUGUUCCUUAGCCUCCUUACCCACCAGAUGAAUAAGAACUCAUGGGGUAGGCUCCGUGCGCUCACCCACUCCACCCCAGUGGACAGCCCAACCAAAUGGCUCUUAUUAUUAUGAAAUUUUUUUCAGUGGCCUUUUCCUUCCCUACUAUUCUCCUCCCAAACCACAGUCAGGCUACCUUGUCAGUUC